AUGCAACAAGAAAAAAUUCCAACGAUUAUUAUUGUCGGUGCAGUUCUAGGAGGACUUUCUCUUUAUCAUGCCUUGAUAAAGAACAAGGACAAAAAAGAAUUCAACGUAAAAAUCUUUGAACGUAAAACUAGUCCUACAAAUCGAUGGCAAGAUCAUAUAGGCUUGUUUAAUUAUGGAGUUCGAUCUCUUUUAAACUGUGUUCUAUCCUCGAUCACUUCAAACCUUCCAAAAGCAAUACCAAAUCCAAUUCCCGAUGUAGAAACUUAUGGAAUAACUAUCACUGAUCAAAUAGGAAAUGUUUUACUUACCCCUCCAACUAAACCAUUUAAAGAUGUUUAUGAAAUCGCAAAAAUAUCUCAUGAUGAUUCACAAAAAUUUUGUAAUAUUUUAGUUGGCGCAGAUGGAAUUAAUUCUCCAAUACGAAAACAAAAAUUACCCGAAUUACAAAUCAUUGAUUAUGGAAUAACCCAUGUUAGUGCGGAUGUUUCCGUACCUCAACAUCUUAUAGACAAGGCAAAUAAAAUCUAUGGAAACUUUUUUGAACAAAAUGAUGAGAAAAGUGAACCUCAUUAUAGAGUAACAUUAGUCUAUUCUUAUCCCUCCAAAUUGGAUAACGUUGAUGUUGAAUCUGAUAAAGUUAAAGUUGAUGAUAAUGACCCUGCAUCAGUCAUCGAACAUGUUAAACGGUUAAUUCGAACAUUAAGAUCAGAUUGUGAUGCUGUUCAUGUUAUGAAUCCUAUAUUAGGAUUAGGAGCAAAUAAUGCUAUUCAAGAUGCUGAUAAACUUUCUCAAGCAUUACUUAAAUAUACGGACAGUAAUAUUUCUUUUAUUGAAGAAUAUGAAAAAGAAAUGUUAAAGCGAACAUCUGCUGACGUAUUAAAAUUAGAACUGCCACAUUUAAGACUUCUAUUCCACUUGGACCUUUUGGCAUUAUAA